AAUCCUCUUAUUUCUGGAUAUUCGCAAUUAUCUCAUCUACACAUUCAUCAAGGAGAUUUUGAAAGGUAUUUUGUGUCUACAUAAAAUUGAUAGCAGUAAGUCCUCCUAAAAGUUAACACCAUAAAAAAUAUGACGAUUUGAAUGUGAAUAUGAAGACUUAGAGAAGUGAAGAACAUACUAUGGUACAAUUAAUUCAAGGUAUGUAGCCGUCGCAGUAUGAAUGUAUGGGCGUCUGAACGAACGAAUGAAUGAAUGAACGAAAGCAUGCAUGUAUGGAGGACGUGUUUGUCUAUGGACAUGGAGGCCAAGUGUUAAAUGAAUAUAAAACAUGAAUGGAGUCGAAAGAUGACUGAAUAAAAAUCGAUUUUGAUUUUCGGCCAAGACAAACAGACAGCCAACCAAGCAACCACACACAGGGCAAAUGACCAUAAAUUCUACAUCGUCUGAGGAAACAAAAAUGCAUUUUUCAUACUAAAUAAUAAAUCCAUAAAUAACUACCAAAGAUAUUGUAAAUUAAGUUAUACAAAAGAAAUAGAAGAAGAAGAAGAAAUAGAAAAUUGAAUGAAAACUUCAACUUCAAAAGAUGCAAUAAAAAAGGAAUUAUGCCAAGAUUUAGAAAAUAGAAUUUGAAAAAAAAAAAAAAAAAACAGAAAUAAAGCAUUUUAUUUGUUUCCUUUAAAACGCCUCCACUUCAAUUCACCAAAAAAUAAUCUGCAAAUAAAAAUCAUAUAAAUAUCCAGCAAACAUAAAAAAAAUAACAAACAAAUAAAACUUAAAUUGUAUUCUCAUACAAUUGGCAACAACAACAACUUCAACAAAAGUGGAAGUAUAACAAUUCAAAUGAUAGCAGAACUUGGCAACAAAAUAACCAAGCAAUAAUAUCCAACAUCCAGCAAUUGUUGCGACACGAAAAAAAAUCUACAACAUUAAGAUAAGCCAUCUUAAGGAGCAAUCUGAGCCAAGGAGAAAAACGAAACAGGGCAAACAACUCUCCUAACUCAACAACAACAGCAGCCGCAGUCGAUGACAAUGUUAUAAACAGGCGACAUCAAUGCAAUUUCCAUGCACAUGUACAGCAAACAAUCAUCACAACAACCACAACAACACAAACACAUCUACACCCAUUCAAACUCUCAAACACAACCACACGCAACAGCAGGAGCAGCAGCAGAAACGUGCAGCAAUUUUCCACACAUUGUUGUCUAUCAUCCCGUGUGAGCAUUUAAACAUUGCUUAACGAUUAUCGCCGUCACAUACAUACAUCCAAACCCAGCAACAACUACAACAGCCCCCUCUAGGGGCUCAAACAACAGACAACAAUUGCACAAUUGGUGGCAGCCAAAGAGUUGCCCUAAGAUUCUAGGCUCACACUCUCUCUCUGGAAACGGAGCAAACAUUGUUCUUAACAUCAUCGCCGAACAGCGGCAGCAACAGCAGCGGCAUUAAAACACAACGGCAGCAACAUGUUGCUACGACAAUAUCAGCAUGGCAGCCUACUAAUCGGAUUUACAUUGUUAAUUUAUAGCUUACAAGGAUAUACAAAUGUUCUGGCAGUGGAUGAUAUUAUCCGCGAGAAACAGGGCCAAACCGUGUACGUACCAUGUCCGGUGAACAAAGAAAAAUGCGGCGAAUUACAUUCGCUGAAUUGGUUUAAGGGUGACAAUCGGAUAGCGGCCAUGCUAUUGGAUGACAGUAAUGUCACGAGUGUGGCAGAUGGAUAUGAAGAUAGAGUUUCCGUUGAACAAAAUCCAUUUAGAUUAAUAAUUAGGAAUUUACAAAUUGCCGACCAGGACAUUUACCUAUGUGAUACAACAUAUUUUAUACCAAUUGAAACGUGUGAUAAUUUCAAUGGGCAUCGUGUGGAUCUGAGAGUUUUAGUACCGCCCACGGAGAUGAUUAUUUGGGACGAGAAAGGUGAUCGCAUCACAAAUGGCAGCGUCAUUGGACCCAUGCAGGAACGUCAAAUGCUGAAUCUGACGUGUGUCGUUUUGAAUACCACGCCGCUGCCCCAGGUCGGCUGGUAUCGGGGGAAUAAACGCUUGUCAACAGUCGAUCCCCAUUACGACGAAAAGGAUGGUCUCUACAAUGUCACCGUGGAAUUAUCCCUGCAAUUAUCGCGAGAAGAUUUAGGCCACAAGAUAGAGUGUCGGGCCGAGUCCGCCGCCAUUGAUAAUGUCAUGUCCACCCAUUUUAGUUUGGAUUUACAAGUUCGUCCCACCAACAUUCACAUCAACGGCGUGGAGAAGUACACCGUACAAGGCAGCAAAGUGGUGUUAACCUGCAGUGUCUAUGGAGCCCGUCCCCCAGUUAACCUGACAUGGAUGAAUGCCACACAGACCAUAGAUCCAGCCGAUAAUGAUUUGACAGAAAUUCGCACCAAGGCGAUCGAACAAGCCGACGGCACAUUCUAUACCCAAUCAGAUCUGCUCUUCAAUGCCACACGUUUUGAAAAUGACAAAGAGUUUCGCUGUGAGGCUGAAAAUAUUGUUACCAAAAUGAAUGGUGAAAAGCCAUUCCAGGCCCUACUGGGCUUGGAGGUGUUCUAUCCCCCUGUCAUAACGCUCAAUCCCCUCAAUGCCACAGUGAACACCGGAGAUAGUGUUCUACUCUAUUGUGAUUAUGUGGCAAAUCCGGCCACUCUGAAAAGUGUUGUCUGGUAUCGCAAUGGCGUCAGCUUAAAUGUUAGCGAUAAUGAUCAUUACAAAGGUGGCAAUUCCGAGCACGUUGCCCUGUCCAUACGCCAUGCCAACAAAGAGGAUAUUGGCAAUUAUACAUGCGAAUUAACCAAUGAGGCUGGCAAGGGUACUUCCGAGCAGCAGAUUUUUUUGGAUGUGUUGUACGUGCCCACCGUUGAGGUCCUGAUGACACCCGUCGACUCGGUCAAGGAAAGUGAGGAGGCCAAUGUCACAUUGAUAUGCAAAAUUAUUGAUGCCAAUCCCCCGGUCCUGACCAAAGUCCGUUGGUAUGCCAACUCAACCUUGCUAAAGGAAUUGCCGGAUUGUGAAGAGACUAAAGAGGAUUUGUGUCACAUUGAUCCCAGUAAAUUGCUAUUGGAAAGUAUUGGACGUGGCUUUUUCUAUAAUUAUUCCUGUGAGGGCUAUAACGAUGCCGGCUGGGGACCACGCAGCGAUGAUAAGGAAUUGUUGGUUUUGUAUGAACCCGGUCCAGCCAGUAUUGCCCAUUUCCCCUUGAUUGCUGUGAAAAAGAAGAGUGUCACCUUUUCGUGUUCCGUUGAUGAUCCUGGUUAUCCUGAAACCAACAGCUUCCGUUGGCUGCGUGGCGGCCGACCAACCAACUCCGACACCAAGGACUAUACCAUCGAACCGGUGGGCCUCGACAGUCGCACCAACUAUUCCUGCUAUGCCUUCAAUGCCGGCGGCAAAGGUGCCAUGGCCACAGUCAAUUUGGAGGUGCAUGCCCCACCAUUCUUCAUCAAGAAUCUGCCACCGUACACCGGAAUGUUGCACACGUCGCGCAAUGCCAAUCUAACUUGUCGCAUCGAGUGUGUGCCACGCUGUGAGAUCUCCUGGCUGAAGGACGGUGUGGCCAUUGAGAAAAAUGAUACACGUUAUUUUGUCAAAGACAAGUACAUGGAUGCCUCGCCGGCAACGGGUGAUUUUGAGAGUAUGCUGUCGGUGCUGCAUUUUAAUAUGUCCAAUUGGCCAAAUAACAAAUUUGACAUUGAAGGAGAUAAUGCCAAUUACACAUGCAUUUCGACUGGCAACGCUGUGGGACCGGGCAUCAAAAGUGCCACUUAUUUCAGUAUCGAAUAUGCACCCGAUAAUACCACUGUAUCCGAAGAAGUUGUUUAUGUACCAGAGGAAACAAUACCGGGACGUGUCAUAUGUAAAUCGAGAGCUAAUCCUGAACCCACUUAUGAAUGGCGUUUCAAUGACAAAACUGUUAUUCGUGGCAAUGCUUUAAUCAUCAAUACACCCAUGACCCGCAACGAUAGCGGUCGUUACACUUGUGUGGCCUACAACAAACAUGGACGCAGUUCCGCCGAAACUGUCAUUGAUGUUCAAUACAAACCCCGCUGUGAAAUCGAAAGAGUAGAGAUCGAUGAUCAGGAUACAUUAAUUUGUACAGCAUAUGGCAAUCCGGAAGAGGCCGAUUUUUCAUGGUCAAUUAAGGCUGAAAAUGAAUCGGUUGAAUCGCUGGGCAGCGGUGACAGUAAAACGUUUAAGGACAAAAGCUAUUAUGUGCUCAAGGAAGAUUAUGAAAUUGCACGUACCUAUCGCUGUGUGGCCAACAACUCCGUGGGCGUGGGCACAUUCUGUGAAAUCGAAGUUGCCGCCACACCGUUUUUCAUUAUAUGGUGGAAAGAACAACUGGCCUGGUGGCAGCGCUGGGACAAGCCAGCCCUCAUCAUUUUGGUUGCCAGCAUAUUGGUCCUGCUGCUGGCCGUGAUAAUCAUUUGCUGUAUUAUCAUUUGCAUUUGUCGUCGCCGCAGACGUCAGGAUAAAUCAGUGCAAGAGAAGUCAUCUUCUAUGGCGGAUCCAUUAACGGAACCUGGAGAGUAUGAGAAUUUGCCGUUCCAUGGCCUGCAAACGGCCCCUAAUAAGUUUACUACUCCUACGACUCCUACAAAUUUUAAUAACAACACAAAUGUGGUGCGCAGUGUGCCACGACCCAAGAGACUCAAUGGAAAUAUCAGCCAAACAGCCCCCAGCUACUACGAUGAACAAGAAACAGACUCACAGCAACAACAACAGUAUUAUCAACAGCAGCAGCAACAACAACAGCACCAUCAAUACAGCACCAUGCCCUAUAACCGUCAAGUCAAUCCGGUGAACAACGCCCGCCCUGAUGGCGGUAUCAUUGUCCACAACAACACCCUGACAGCCAACACUUUGCAACACAAUCAAAACGGUUCGGCUCUAAGUGGUAGUGGUGGUGGGGGCAGCAGUCCAAAUCCUCAUCAAAUGGCAUAUAAUCUCAAUAAUUGCUUCCCCAAAAGUUACACCGAAUACUAUCAGAAUCAACAACAGCAACAGCAGCAGCAACAACAUCAUCCAUUCCAACAAAAGUACGGCAGCAGUCCCUCGGCAUCGUUGGGCGCCAACAAUCCCAGUCAGCUUAAUGCCAUCGAACAUGAUUUCAACACGUAUGCCGUGGUGGAGCGUCCCCACAACACCCCUGCCUCGUCGGUGUCCUCAUCGUCAAUGGGUGUGGGCCGCACCACAAAUCCAUUUUUGGCAGUCAGCAAUUUCAAGAAAUUCGAUACCUCCGGUGAUGAGGAUCUGCAAAAUGGAGGUGCCUCAAAUGGGGCUGGUGGUGGUGGCAACUAUCAGACCACCUCCAUGAAACGCCAGGGCAAACGCAAAACAUUUGUGGACAAAUUGGAAGAUAAACGUUUCUAUUCCCUGAAAUUUGCCGGCAACAAACACAACAAAGCUUCGAACAAAAAUGCUCCCUUGCAUUUGAAUGCUGCCCUCAUUGCCGAGAAUAAUGGGGUGAGCAGUGGACGCGUCCAUGAGGAUGUCUUUACGGGCAGUGGCAGUGGCCGGGCCACCGAUGCCGGUAUGUUGGCCUCGCUGCUUAGCGCUUCGGUGGGCGGCAACAAAUGUAAACGUCAUCAUUCUUUUGCUGGUGGUAGCCUUGGCGAUAUUGAAUCCAAGGGCCCUGGUCUGAGAAAUGGCCUGCAUUUCUACGAUCCUCCGGCCUAUGAAAAUGUCAAUGAUGCGGUCCAGGUGCAUGCCUCUGCCGCCCUGAGUGACAUGGAGUUGCCAGAUCCCAUGUCCUCGGCCGGCACAGCAACGGUGCUGCUGCACCCCUUGCCACCCUAUACCGGCCACAAUGGCACGGCAAGUGCGGUUGGCGGUGGCACCGGAGGAUCCCAGGGUCCAAAGAAAAAACAUCACCAACGCCAGCACCAGCCCAAGGAAGAUCUAAAUCUAAUCGAGCCGGAACGUUUAAGCAUUUAUCGCAGCGACUCGGGCAUAUCGAACUCCUCGUAUGAAUGUGUCACGCCCAUACCCAAUGGUGGUGGAACGCAGCGGGGCCAAUCACCGGCCACCAAGACUCCACGCACUCCCAAGACACCAAAGACGCCCAAGGGCCACAAGAAUUCCACCUUGGCCCAUUCCGCCGUUACGGCCAGUUUCAACAGCUCCCACAAGAAGCCGGCGCCCAGAGUACCACCCACACCGCUAUACAUGAAUGUCAACGAUCAGUCGAAUCAGGCCAUACACAACUUGGAACGGCCCUCAUCGCCCAACUCCAACAUGGCCACAUCGGCCUAUGAGUCAGCCUCCUCGUCACAAAAUGACACGACGUGCAACGAUCCAACAUCCAUGUCCUCGACAACGUCACUCUACAAUGGCGGCGGCGGUGCCACGCCCAACUCUAAGAUGCUACCGCCCGGUAUGCGUUGCAAUCGCCAUCAACCAGCCCCCGAACUGACCACACCCGAGGAGUAUGAACAAUAUCAAUUGGGCCAUCACAGCCAUGCCCAUUCGGCAUCAUCGCUGUCGGUGGCAAGUAGCAUAAGUGCCAGCGGUGUGGGCAGCUCUGCGGUGGGGAGAGCGACGAAAUGUAAGAAACAACAGAGAACAUUGGCUGGAGGGGGAGGGGGUGCGAACAUUAAUCUAAUGGAGACUAACCAGCUUAACAAACGCCUGCUUGCUCAUAAUCCCUUUCUAGCAACAAAUCCUGCCGCCUCCACCGCCACCACCUGCACUAAGAAAUUUCGACGACAGACUAUCUGCGACCCCUACGCACAUAUCAAAGACAUCCACGCCACACAUCAAUGGAGACAACUGCAGCAGUAUCUUAAUGCCAACGGCAGCGGGCAAGCCCACAAUUAUUGCCCCCAAUCCCCGAACGCGUUCCCGGCAACAGCAGCAGCAGUCGGCGCAUCAGACAAAUCAUCAGCAUGUGUCGCUACUAAAUCACACCAACAACAUGGUCAGUCUGAGCAACAACAGUCUGAGCAAAUUGGCCUACAACAAUUCGGCAAAGCUACCCUCCUCCCUAAUGUCCAGCAACGGUCUGAUGAACGGUCACGCGAACAGCAAUUCAUCAGUGGUGGCAGCAGCAGCAGCAACAACAACACCGGCCACACACGCCAUCAACAACAAAUGCUAAUGUUUUACAACAAAAAUAUUGACACUCGAAAUGCCAAUGACACUGACAACAACAACAAAAACAACGACGACGACGAUGACAAUGACGACAAGCAACGACCGCAUAACCAUAACACCGAAACAGUUGCCAGCCGAGAUAAUGAUGCCGAUGAUGCUGAUGAUCAGGUGGGUGGCAACACUGGUCUGGUUAAGGCAAAAGCUGUUACAGUUAUUGGCCUCCCCUAUCGCAGCCAAUCGUUUAGCCUGCCCACACCCCUCUCGCCACCACACAAGAGCUUAAAUUGUGAUGUUGCUGACAUUGAUGAGACAAAGAAGACGAAGAAUGGGAAACAUAAUAAAGGGUCAUUGCAAUACCACCACCACCAACAACAACAACCACAACGAGUAGAACCAGAUGUAAGGGAUCCUUGUAUAGCCGAACUCUCGAAUAGACCAAAAUUAGCCAUGACAAUUGCAGCACCUAAUCAAAGCCAUUACAAUCCGACAUUGGGCUGUGUGGGUCGACCCGUCAAGUUGCCGCUGCGUAAAUAUCAUAGCUUCCAUUUCCAGCCCACACAGAUGGUGGCUGGCCAGCAGUUGUGUAAAUUGCAGCAAUUAAGGGCCAAGCAACAGCAACAACAACAAGGGGUUUAUGAUUUGUCACAAGUUAUAACAAGUGGAGAGUUAUAUGGGGGUACUUCUGCUCAACCAGAGAAACCACCAUUAAAGGAACAACAUGAGUUGUAUGGCCAAAAGGGACCCUUGGUAUUUCGUCCUUUUGAGUUAAACAAGGAGGUAACCUUUAAGCCCAUACAGGCUUCGGAGGAAAGUGAGGAUUCCUUAGAUUUGCAUCGGGAGGCCAGGGUAGGUGUUGGGAAAUCCCAGGGGGAAUUGUAUUUGGAUUCAGGAGAUUUUACCAAUUUCACCAAGCUUUCGGUGGCACCUGAGGGCGCCUUAAACCAAGAUGGAAAUGGUAAUCAGGAACUACCUCCUGAGCUACCCAAGACUCUACCUCCCUUGGAGAUUAAAUCGAAAAAUGUGAGCUUUUUGAGAAACCAGGGGAAACCUUCCGACUCCAAUGGCAAUCCAGUCACUCAGUCCUUGUCCCUUGAAAAAUCUCCUAAUUCCGCCUUUGUAAAGCCCCCACUAAAUCGUAGUCUAGAAAAUCUGGGCGUGGCCUAUAUUACUGCAGUAUGUGAAAAGUCUCCAAAACCCCUUAGAACCGAUGGAGACCCCAAGAAAUCCUUUUUUAGUUUAGAUUUAAACAAAAAUCCUCCCCAGCUGGAAUCACCGCAACAGCUCAAGGCCAUACAGCAAAAGGCCAAGGAAAAUUCCCAGGCCAAACUACUGCAGUUGGGAAAAAUUUAUAGACUCUCUAGUUCGGAGAAUUCCGAAGAUGAUUGCCUGAGUGGGCCGAAAGUUCAAAGGAAAUUAUUUGAUUCCAAAGACCAGCAUCUGACAAGGGAAAGAAUUCUCAAUCCUGCCGCCUCAUUAGAGGCAUUGGAAAUGUUAACCAAGUCCCAACCCCAGUUAUGGAAAUCCAAUCAGGCCGGAAGUCGUCAAAAUCUCCAUCAAUUGGAAUUGUUUCAUACUCUCCAAAAGGCGAGGAGUUUAAAUAAAACGGAUUCAAAGCCGGGUGGAAAGGUUGCCAAUGAUGAUGAGGAAGAUUUGGGUUAUUCAUAUUGUGAGGAUGAUAUUGAGGAAGAGGAAGAACUGCAAAAAGAGAAUUUCCCAAGUAAUCAGGGGGAGAAAACCCAAUCCUCUCCCAAUGUUACGGUAAUAAUGGCCAGCAAACAGGGCCAAGAGAGCCAGGUUAAAUUUAAAUUGACUCAAACUCAUUCGGAGGUGAAAAUAUAGAAAUGUUGAAAAAAACAUUAGGAGAAGAGAGGAAAGGAGAGAGAGUAAGGGUUAUUCAAGAGAUGACAUAGCAGAAGAAAUGUUGGGAGAGAUUCUAUUAAUUGUUUCUCUUUUUGAAUAAUUCGAACGAAAAGAGACCUUAAGAUCCAAGAAAGCCAAGUUAAGUUUAAAAUGACUGAAGCUCACUCGGAGAUGAAAAUAUAGACAUUAAAAAAAACAUUAAGAGAAGAGAGAGAGGGGGAGAGAGCAAAGGUUAUUCAUUAGGUGACACAACACAAACAAUUUUGGGAGAGAUUCUCUUAAUAUUUUCUCUUUUUGAAUUAAUUAAACGAAGAGAAGCUCAAAUUUAUAAAUAAGUACAUAUCUCUUAAAAUUUUUGUUUUGUGUAGACAUAUUUAGCAGUUGAUACACUAGACGAGAUUUUAGGAGAGUUUCUCUCAAUAUUUUCUCUUUUGCAAUCAUCGUAGUGAAGAGAGGCUCAAAUGUAUAAAUUAAGGCUCCUUCCGUAAAACUUUUGUUAUGUACAGACCAGAACUGAGAGCAAAAUAACAAAAAGAGAUUAUUUAAGAGAAAAUGAAAAAAAUAAAUAGACAUAUUUAGCAGGUGGUAGAGAAGAUGACAUAUUCAAAGAGAUUCUGUUCAUAUUCUCUCUUUUUAAAAAAAGUAAGAGAAGAGAGGAUAAAAUGUAUAAAAGAGCGCUCGUUUCUUAAAAUAUUUGUCAUUCACAGCAGGGGUGCUCAAAACCGUGUUCUAGAACAUGAAGAGAAAAAAGAGAUAAUUUAGGAGAAAAUUAAAAUUCUGUUUUUCUUUAUAUUUUACUAUUCUAUUUAAUUGUUUUUAAACACGAAUGUUUGCCAAAAUAGUUUAUAAAGCAAAUGGAUAAAAAAUAUUUGUAUAAAUAAUGACUUAACACUGUUUUGUUCUUGAUUUAAAUAAGCAAAGAGAAAUUUGACUGAAAACAGAUAUUUCUUCUUGAGCACCCCUGUUCACAGACAUAUUUAGCAGGUGCUACACGAGACGACAUAUUCCAAGAGUUUCUGUUAAUAUUGUCUCUUUCAAAAAAUUUGAGAGAAGAGAGGCUUAAAUGUAUAAAAUUACGCUCGUCUCUUAAACUCUUUGUUUUGUUUAGACAUAUUUAACAGGUGGCACAAGAAACGACAUAUUCAGAGAGAAUCUGUUAAUAUUCUCUCUUUUGAAAAAAAAAUGAGAGAAGAGAUGUUUAAAUGGAUUAAAUAACGUUCGUUUCUUAAGUCUUUUGUUUAGAAUCAUUAAAAAAUGACCAAUAAAUGAUUUUAGCGUUAAAAAAUGCCCAAAUCUCCCAAAAGUAAUGCAGGGCAAAUAUUUUCGGAACCCCACCAGUCCCAUGUGUCUCAAAGAAUGGCUAACUAUCAAGGUCAAGGAAAUCAGGUUAAACUUGCAAUUAACCCAACAAAAAAACACUCAAACUCAAAACAUUAAUUGUAAAUAUUAAAUAGAGCUAAUCACUAACACAUAGAAAGAAAAAUAACCCCCCCCCCCCCCUAUCUCCACACCCCCUUCAAAACCACAAACUCAGCAACUAAACACUGGAAAAAAACAGAUAAGCAUAUGGCUUGCAAAAAAGUCCCCCACAAAGAGAAAAAAACCCAAAAUUUUAUUAAAACAAAAUACAUUAACAUAUUGAUAAUAGUAUUAUAGAUUAUAUUUUGUUUAUACACUCAAAGAAAGAAAAAGUUAAUUGAAGACGACGAUGAUGAUAAAGAACAAAUGACUGUAAGUUUUGUUAGCAACUUAAAUGAUAUUAAACACAUAAGCAUACUACAAACCAAAAAAA